AUGCAGUUUCGCAAAACAUGGCAUCUUUGUGUGGGUUUGGCUUCUGAGGAGUUUCUAGAGCUUACCAAAAGUGCACUGCUGGCUGCUCUGGAAGCUCUUCCUCCUGGUUCACUUUUUGGGCUUGCUACCUUCAGCCACAAACUAGGAUUGUAUGAUGUUCAAGGUCCAAUACCUGUCGUGAAAAAUGUUUUCAUUCCUCCUGAUGCAGAGGGAACCUUGCCUAUUGAGCUUGAAGAUGUCAUGCCUUUGUUACAGUUUCUGGCUCCUGUGGACACUUGUAAGGACCGCAUUGCAUCUGCACUUGAAACACUUAGACCAACAACUUCAUGGGAAAGAACUACGGGAGCAGGUCAAGGACUGGAUGGUGUUCUGAUAGGUGGGCGUGGUUUUGGGAUGGCAAUGGAAGCUCUCUGCAAUUACCUUGGAUCGGAAUAUGGGAGCACUUUUGCUUUAGCUAGAGUCUUUGCUUUCUUGUCUGGUCCCCCUGAUUAUGGAGCUGGACAAUUGGACACAAGACGAUAUGGUGAGCAAUAUGCAAGCAAGGGAGAGGAUGCAGAUCGUGCUUUACUCCCAGAGCAGACACCCUUCUAUAAAGAUCUGGCUGCUGUUGCUGUUCAAGCAGGUGUAUGUGUUGACAUAUUUGCUGUAACAAAUGAGUACACUGAUUUGGCAUCCUUAAAGUUUCUGAGUAUAGAAAGUGGGGGUUCCUUAUUUUUAUACACAAGUACCGAGGACUCAACAUUGCCUCAGGACAUGUAUCGAAUGUUGAGUCGGCCAUAUGCUUUUGGUUGUGUCCUGCGGUUAAGAACCUCAACUGAAUUUAAACCUGGAAAUUCUUAUGGUCACUUCUUUCCAGAUCCACAGUAUGAAAACGUUCAACACAUCAUAUGUUGUGAUUCUUAUGCUACAUAUGCUUACGACUUUGUGUUUGAGAACAACAUUGGAUUUUCCAGAAAUAAAUCAGAUGUUCCUACAAUUCAGAUUGCAUUUCAGUACUCAGUUGUUGUUCCUCCUCAGGAACUUUCUAAUUCAGAAGAGACUUCUACAAAUAGGUAUGGUGAAGACCAAUUCAUUCAUUUGAACAGAACCAAGCAUUCCCUUCAGCGUAGGCUAAGGAUCCGAACAUUGCAAUAUGGUGUUGCUCAGAGCUUUCGUGAACUUUGUGAUAGUUGUGAUCCUGAAGUUGUUCUCUCUCUCCUGGUUCACAAGGUUAUAUUAGCCUCUUUGGAGGAAGGAGUUAGGGAGGGUCGAAUUUUACUUCAAGAAUGGCUAGUGAUGCUCACAGCUCAGUACAAUGAUGGAUAUGAGCUUAUUCAGUAUAGCGAUGGAGGUUCCAUAAGAUCUCAGAUUGAUGUUGCAUUGUCUCAAUGUCCUCAACUACAGCCCCUACCGCGCCUAAUUUUUGCUCUCCUUCGAAGUCCUCUUCUCCGGUUUCAUGAAGAAGGGGUUCAUCCCGACUACCGCAUCUAUCUUCAAUGCCUUUUCAGCAUGUUGGAACCCAGUUCCCUUCAUCGUGCUGUGUAUCCUGUGAUGACAUCAUAUGCUACCCCAGAUAAACAAGCAUAUCCUCGCCAUUCAUUGAGUCGUGCCGCACUGAUUACCAGCGGCAGUCCGAUAUUUUUCCUUGAUGCAUUCACAAUUUUGAUUGUGUUCUACUCUUCAACUGCAGACCCGACAAUUCCUUUUCCUCCACCCCAUGAUUGUUUGUUAAGGACUACAAUCAACAAAUUGAAGCAAGAUAGAUGCAUCACUCCCAAACUCAUUUUCAUUCGAGGCGGACAUGAUGAUGCGUCAAUUUUUGAGAACUUUCUGAUCGAAGAGCAGGAUGUUGAUGGAAGUGGUCUUACCAGUGUGAUGGGUUUUGUUUCCUUCCUAGAAGAUAUUAGACAAAAAGUUCUGGAGUUCAUGAAAUAA